UCCAACUCCCUCCCAAAUCAACCUCAAUAACAUCAUCCCACUUCAACGGCAGAGUGUGCGCCGUUAGUCACUCGUUCUUCCUUUUUAGACUUUUGUUUCUGCCCGGUGCGGUUCAAUCUUCUUUGCUCUCACUCCAUUCAGAUUCAAGACUCUCGUUCAUAACUCCUUCCACGGUUGACCAUGAAGUACAACUCUAUCGCCCUGGCUGGGGCCUCGAUGCUCCUGGGCCGUGCCAUUGCUGCCGACUUGCCUGAGAUUGCCAUCAAGGGCAACAAGUUCUUCUAUUCUAACAACGGAACCCAAUUUUACAUGCGUGGUGUCGCCUAUCAGCAGGACUACACGGCCAAUGGCACCUCCUCGGACAACAACGACUACAUUGACCCCUUGGCCGAUGCCACCUCUUGCAAGCGGGACAUUCCCUACCUGCAGCAGCUCCGCACCAACGUGAUCCGUACCUACGCCGUUGACCCCACCCAGAACCACGACGAGUGUAUGACUGCCCUGGCCGACGCCGGCAUCUACCUGAUCACGGAUCUGUCGUCUCCUUCCGAGUCCAUCAACCGCAAUGACCCCCAGUGGAACACUGCCUUGUACGAUCGCUACACCAGUGUGAUCGAUGCCUUUGCCAAUUACACCAACGUGAUCGGUUUCUUUGCCGGUAACGAGGUCACCAACGACAACAACAACACCGAUGCGGCUGCUUACGUCAAGGCUGCUGUCCGUGACAUGAAGAAGUACAUCAAGGCCAAGAACUACCGCACCACCCUUAGUAUCGGUUACGCCACCGACGACGAUGCCACCAUCCGUGACGACCUCAAGGACUACCUUGUCUGCGGUGACUCUGAGGACAUGAUCGACUUCUUCGGUUACAACAUCUACGAGUGGUGCGGUGACUCCUCCUUCAAGACCUCUGGAUACCAGGCUCGUACCGAGGAGUUCAAGGACUACCCCGUUCCCGCUUUCUUCUCCGAGUACGGCUGCAACGACCCCUCUCCUCGUACUUUCACCGAUGUCCCCGUUCUGUUCGGUAGCGACAUGGAUGACGUCUGGAGCGGUGGUAUUGUCUACAUGUACUUCCAGGAGGCCAACGACUAUGGUCUGGUCUCGGUUUCCGGCAACAGCGUCAGCACCCUCAAGGAUUUCUCCUAUCUUUCGUCUCAGAUGCAGAAGGCCACCCCUACCGGUGUGAACAGCAACAGCUGGUCCGCCUCCAACACCGCUACCAGCAGCUGCCCCACCGUUGCUUCGGCCUGGGAGGCUAGCAGCUCUCUGCCCCCUAGCCCCAACGACGCCCUGUGCGACUGCAUGGAGGAGUCGCUGAGCUGCGUUGUCAAGGACUCUGUCUCUUCUUCCAAGUAUGGUGAUCUCUUCGACUACAUCUGCGCUUUGAACGACGGCAAGUACUGUGCCGGCCAGGCCAGCAACUCGACCAGCGGAACCUACGGAGCCUACAGCGUCUGCUCGACCAAGCAGCAGCUGAACUUCGUCAUGAACCAGUACUAUAGCGCCCAGGGUGCCUCGGCCAGCGCCUGUGACUUCAGCGGCAAGGGUACCACCACCUCUUCCCAGUCUCCCACUGGCACUUGCUCUUCCUUGUUGAAGGAGGCUGGUACUGGCGGCACUGGCUCCGUGACCUCUUCCCCCACUGGCGGCUCUGCUGCCAGCGCCAGCUCCAGCUCCUCCGAGGGUGCUGCUGGUAUGGGUGUCAGCCCCAUGGCUGUCUCUGUUGGCAGCUGGCAGCUGGGCGCUUACGCCGUGACUGCUGUGGGUGCUGCCCUCGGCAUGAUCUUGCUGUAAGCGCAAGACGGAACGGUGACUGGGUGGAGGAAGCAGCCAGAAAAUGAUUAUAUCUGUAACCUUUACCGUUGGGAUUCUUAGCCGUACAUAAUUGAACCGAUUCUGUAUACGUUCGUUUUUAAAGAUUGAAUUGAUGUGUUCAUGUUUGUUCUAAACCUCUCAUGCC